AUGGAUGACUGGGAUUUUCAUCGGCAGGCCAUUGUGAACUGGCCUUUGGUAGAUGAAGCCGAGUUGAAAAGGCACUCGGUCUUUCAGGACGGGGAGUCCCCCCACGAGGGUGCGGAUGAACGAUGGCAGCUGCUGAAGAAGCGAGUCGUGCAGCACAACAUCAAGGUGAUUUCAGAGUAUUACGAGCAGAUCCACACCAAGAGGCUCUGUGAGCUUGUCGGCCUGCGGCUGAGAGGCAACACGUGA